UAAACUCUCCCCCUUCUCUUUUUUCUUUGGGUACUCCCUCUUUCGCUCUAUCCUUUCUCUAUAGAAAUAAGAAAAAAGAUGCCUGCUACUGCUGCACAGAAGAACACCCAGAGCGAAAUUCAAUCCAAGAAGAUGACUAUUGCUGUCUCUCCUAGUCAGGUUGAAACCAGCAAGGCUAAAGAAAUCCUCACCAAGCUUUCUUCUGCCUCUGAUGCUGACCGCGAGUCUGCCGCCGAAGAACUCGCUGCCUUUGUCAAGACUAACGGCGUCCUCUCUCUUAAGCAUGCCGGUAUUAUUGAUGCUCUUAUCAAGGACUUCAACAACAAGAAGAGCACCGGUGCUCGCUUAUCUGCUAUUGCUGCUUUCGUUGCUCUCACCAACAACAGCCUCGAAGGUCAAGUUGAACCUUUCAUCAUUGCUCUCUUGAGCCAACUUUUGGAACUUCAAGCCGAUAAGCAAGCUGCUGUUAAGAACGCUGCUGCUGAAGCUGCCAAGAACUUCAUCAGCAAGAUCAACCCCAACGCUUGCUCUCUUACUGUUCCCUUCAUCCUCGAAGGUCUCGGUAACUCUUGCAAGUGGCAAACCAAGAUGCUCUCUCUUAACCUCUUGGUUGAUUUGACCAAGGUCCACCCCACCGAAUUCUUCGUUGCCAUUCCCGAAGUUAUUCCUGUUGUCUCUGACUGUAUGUGGGAUACCAAGACCGACGUCAAGAAGCAAGCUACUGACACCAUGGCUGCUAUCUGUGCUCUCAUUGAAAACAAGGAUAUCGAACGUUUCAUUCCCGCCGUUAUCGCUUGUAUCAACCACCCUGAAAACGUUCCUGAAACCAUUCACUUGCUCGGUGCUACCACUUUCGUCCAAGAAGUUGAUGCUGCUACUCUCUCCAUCAUGGUUCCUCUCUUGUCCCGUGGUUUGAACGAACGUGCUACUCCCAUCAAGCGUAAGGCUGCCUUGAUUAUCGAUAACAUGUCCAAGCUUGUCGAUGAUCCCGAUGUCGCUGCUCCUUUCUUGCCUGUUCUCUUGCCCGCUCUCGAGAAGGUUCAAGAUGUUGUUGCCGACCCCGAAUGUCGUGGUGUCGUUCAAAAGGCCCUUGCCACCCUUCAACGUAUUGCCAAGCCUGGUGUCGAAGUCUUCACUAUUGAGCAAAAGAAGGUUAAGGUUGAAACCUCUAUCAAGGAACUUUUGCCCUCUGAUAUUGAUGAAGCCUUUGCCCCUACUGUCAAGUUCUUAAACGACGUUGCUCUUGCUCUUUGUGUUGCUAAGAACUUCUUCAAGGAUGUCUGGAUCAAGGCUCUUGCUCCCUAUGCCAAGUCCUUCUACACCGCUGAGGAUGCCGAGGCUCUUGCUUUCUCUGCCUUGAACAAGUGUGAGGAAGCCGUUACUCCCAAGGAUCCUGAGGAAGAAGAAGAUGAAGGUGAAGAUCUCUGUAACUGUGAGUUCUCUCUUGCUUAUGGUGCCAAGAUCUUGCUUAACCGUACCUCUCUUCGUCUCAAGCGUGGCCGUCGUUAUGGUCUCUGUGGUGCCAAUGGUUGUGGUAAGUCUACUCUUAUGCGCGCCAUUGCCAACGAACAAGUUGAAGGCUUCCCUCCUCGUUCUGAGCUUAAGACUGUCUACGUCGAACACGAUAUCGAUGGUUCUGAGGCUGAUACUCCUUUGGUUGACUUCAUCCUUGCCUCCGAGGGUGUUGAGACCAAGGAUCCCGAGGAAGUCCGCAAGAUCCUCUUGGAAUAUGGCUUCUCUGAACAAAUGGUUACCAAGAUGGCUAUUGGUGAACUCUCUGGUGGUUGGAAGAUGAAGCUUGCUCUUGCCCGUGCUAUGUUGAUGAACGCUGAUAUCCUCUUGUUGGACGAACCUACCAAUCACUUGGAUGUUGUCAACGUUGCCUGGUUGGAGAACUACCUCCUUGGUUUGAAGACUGUUACCUCCAUCAUUGUUUCCCACGACUCUGGUUUCUUGGAUCAUGUCUGUUCCGACAUCAUUCACUACGAGCCCAACUACAAGCUCAAGCGUUAUAAGGGUAACUUGUCCGAAUUCGUCAAGAAGGUUCCUCGUGCUGCUUCUUACUACUCUUUGGAAGCUACUCAAAUCAAGUUCUCUUUCCCUGAACCUGGUUUCUUGGAAGGUAUCAAGACUAAGGAACGUGCUAUCUUGAAGAUGAAGAACGUCGACUUCCAAUACCCUGGUUCUGACCGCAAGCAAUUGAUCGACAUCUCUAUGCAAUGUUCUCUUGCCUCUCGUGUUGCCGUCAUUGGUCCCAACGGUGCUGGUAAGUCCACCUUGAUCAAGUUGUUGACUGGUGAAAUCGAGUCCGAGGUUGGUACUGUCUGGAGACAUCCUAACUUGCGUAUUGCCUAUGUCGCCCAACAUGCUUUCCACCACAUCGAACGUCACUUGGACAAAACCCCCAACGAAUACAUCCAAUGGCGUUACCACACCGGUGAAGAUCGUGAAGAACUCGAAAAGAACGAACGUAACAACGCCGAAGAAAACCAAAAGGCCAUGGAACAAGUCUUCGUGAUUGAAGGUGAAAAGCGUGUUGUUGAAGCUAUUGUUGGUCGUCGUAAGCUCAAGCAAUCCUACGAAUACGAAGUCUCUUGGGUCGGUCGCUCCUCUGUUGACAACACUUGGAUCUCUCGUUCCAAGCUUGAAGAAAUGGGUUUCGGUAAGAAGAUUGCUGAAGUCGAUGCUGCUGAAGCUGCCAAGAUGGGUCUUAACCGUCCUUUGACUGCCAAGGAAAUCGAAAAGCACUUGGCCGAAGUUGGUCUUGAACCCGAAUUCGCUACUCACUCUCGUAUCCGUGGUCUCUCUGGUGGUCAAAAGGUCAAGUUGGUCAUUGGUGCUGCUAUGUGGAACAGACCUCACAUGCUUGUUCUUGACGAACCUACCAAUUAUUUGGAUCGUGAAUCUCUCGGUGCUUUGGCUACUGCUAUCAAGGAAUAUGGUGGUGGUGUUGUCAUCGUUACUCACAACCGUGAAUUCUCUGAAGCUUUGUGUACUGAAGUCUGGAAGGUUGACAACGGUCGCUUGACUCCUUCUGGUCACAACUGGGUCUCUGGUAACGGUACUACUGUCAUCAAGGAACAAGAAGCAGAAGACAUGGUCGACGCUCAAGGCAACACCAUCAAGGCCGUCGAAAAGAAGAAGAAGCUGACCUCCAAGGAACUCCGUAAGAAGAAGAAGGAGCGUAUGGAACGUCGUAAGCGUGGUGAAGAAGUUUUCUCUGAUGAAGAUGACUUAUAAACAAGAAAAAAUCAAGCAAGCUAGUUUAUUUAGAAUUUCUCUGUUUAUAUUUAUUCAUUUUUUUUAUCUCAUUUUUAUUGUAAGAGGGCAUCAUUAAUACUACUACUAUUUAAAAUAAAAAGCAAAAGCUUUUAUUUUGUUUA